AUGGGUAUAGUUGGUAUUUUCCGAAUUAGCAGAUGCUAUUUUGCAAAAUCCAAACGAGAGAAUGUAGUACCACUAUAUGAAAGAAAAAGUCGAGAGAAAUUUAAAAAAUUAAAAUUAUUAAAAAAAAUAAAAACAAAAAAUUUAUAUCUUAACAAUAAUGUGAUAAAUAAUCUUAUUGUCAAUAAAAAUAAAUUACGGAAUAUAAUUUCUAAAGAUAGUUUUCAAAUUUUAUAUCAACCUAAAUAUAAUUUAUUUGAUAAAGAGGAUGUUGAAAAAGGUGAUACUAAUUCAGACAUAAAUCCAAAUGGCUUUCUCUCUAUUUUAAAUGAAAUAUGUUUAUCUGAGAAGGCAAAUGAAAUGGUUCUACAAAAAUUGGCACAUGAAAAUGGAGGUGAAAAUGGGGGGGAGAAUGAAAGCCGAAUAAGCAAACUAAAUCAAGACCUAGUGACUUACACACAUUUGAAAAGUUUUUAUUACUUUAUUACAAAAAAAAAUAACAAUGAUAUGAUUAAAUAUGUAAAUAAUAUUAACUUGCUAAAGUUAUGUAUUUUUAUGAACACGAAAAAUGUUAGAAACUAUCUGAUUGAGAGUGAGUUUUUAAAGAGACUAUGUAAGGAAGGGGGAGAAGAAGAAGAAGAAGAAAAUGAAAAAUUUUAUUCUACAAAAACAAACAUUUUCUAUGUCUUUGAAUUUUUGCAUCAUAUUGGAUUAAAUAAUGUGAAGAGGGAAAGAAAUGGGGUAGCAAUACCUGAAUUGAAUAAUUUGUUUAUAUGGUCCUUUUCAAAGUUGGAAAAUUUAUAUACAUUAUUAUUUACAAAUUUGACAAAUAAUUUAAUUUUAGAAAAUAAAGAUAUUAUAAAAAUAGUAUUAUUAGGAGAUAAAUAUUUAUAUUUUAAUAAAACCAUAUUUAAUUAUUUAGAUAGUACAAUAUCUAUGCGUUUUGAAAAAUUUGAUGAACAUGACAUAACAUUUAUAUGUAAACAUUUAAGUAAAAUAUUAUUUUCUAUUUCAAUAGCUAUAAAUAAUAUUAGUUAUAGCCAACAAGUUCAUAGACUUAUAAAAAGGUAUGUGUGUAAAGGUCUCAUAUUUUCAAACAAAACAAAUGUAGAACUUAUGGAAAAAGAAAGUUAUAAAGAAAACAAUAUUACAACUUCUCAACAAAUAAAAGCAUAUAACAGUUUUAAAGAUUUAAUAAAAAAAAGUUCCUUUGCUCAUACUUUAAAUUGUGAGCUUAAAAAAUGUGUACAUGAAUAUAAAUAUUAUAACUUAAUUGAUUUAUUUGAAUUUUAUACAAUAUUUGAAAUAAAUAAAAAAGGGAUGUUAAAAAGGUUUAUAAAUGAAAUUGAUAAAUAUAUAAAUAUAAUGAAAUAUGGAUAUCAUGCAAAAGCAUUAAUUUUAUUUAGCUUAAAUAAAAAGUGUUUAGAAGAAGAGAAUGAAAAAGUUGUUAGGAGAUUAAUAAGAAGAAUACCACAUAUGUUAAAUUUUUAUUGGCCUAUUGAAUUUGUGAUUGAAACUAUUAUUGCUUGUUCAUAUUUUGAAUGUAAAGAUAAAACAUAUAAACAAUUAUUUUUAUAUUUAAAAAAUAAUAUUAAAAAAUCUAUUCAUCCAAUUGUUAUAAUUAAUUUAUUAAAAUCAAUGUCUAUCAUAAAUAAAAUUAAUUUUACUAUUUUCCAUCAAAUUAUGAAUUAUAUAAAAUUUGAUCUCAAAAAAAACAACAAUAUUAAAAUAAAUAUAAAUUAUGUUAUAUACAUGUUAAAAUAUAUGUCCAAAUUAAAUUACAACGACUCAGAAUUUUUCUAUUUUUUACUAUCACAAAAUAAUGUCUUUAAACAAGUUAAAGAUUUAUCGAAUGAGUCUCUAGUUAAUUUAUUUUAUCUUAUACAUAAAAAUAUUGAUCACUUGAAAAAUAAAAAUGAUUUUUUUAUUAAUAAAAUAUAUAUCAAAAACUCAAUAGCCAAUUUUUAUAUAGAAUAUAUAUUUUACCUCAUAUUAAAUCGAGAAAACUUUUUCCAUCCAAAAAUGUUAAACACAAAUGAAAAUAAUUAUACACAUAUGGAAGAAAGAAAAUUAAAAUGGGAAAUAGGAAUAGACAGACAUGUAACAAAAUUUGUUUUUCAUUAUAAUGAAACAAAUAAUCAAUUACCUUUCAAUAAAAAGGAAAAUACAAUAACAUGUAAUAAAUUUAUGUCCUUAAAUAAUGAAAAACUUGAUGAGAGAAAAAAUGGAAAAGAAGAUAUAACACUAUCUACAAAAGAUAAAGAGCAACUAUCAGCUCUCGAGUUUGAAAAUAUAAAAAAAAAUACAACUAAAUUUUAUGAUAAAAAAUUAGAAGAAUUUUCUUUCGAUAUUAACACGUUCAUAUAUUUUUUAAAAGUGUGUGCAGAUUUAAAAAUAACCAAUAUAAAUAUUUUUUAUUACUGUGUAAAUUAUGUACAUGGUCAUUUAAAUUUGUUUAAUAAUAAUGAUAUCAUAAUUUUAUUACAGUUUUUUUCUGAACAGUACAUAAAUUUUUUUUCUUCCAUCCAAGAAUUUCAAAUUCGGAUAUUAUACAGUUAUUUAAAUGAAAUUUUAAAAAAAAAUAUUUUGCAUAUACAUGAUAGUCAUUUACCACGUUGUGCCUUUUCAAUGAUAUCAUUUUAUUUUGUAGAAAUUGUUUUAAAAAAAAAUCUAUGUCCAAAUAAUAUUGAUUUAGUUGAAAUGUCAAUGGUUAUGUUGUGUAACAAAAUAAGGGGUGGAUUACAAAUAUUUAUCGAAACAUACGAAACAAAUGAGGAGAAAAAAAUAACCUAUGAAUUGCUAAAUAUCAUAUCACAAAUGCUACAAAUGUUAUACAUGAAAAUGGAACGAAGGAUGCCCAAUGAAUUGUUUGACUUUUGCAAACAUAUUAAAAAAGAAUAUUUUGAAAUAAAUGAAGACAUAACAAGCGAAAAAGAUCGAGCUAGCCAACAAUUUACUCUUUUUUUAUCUGACUUGUUCAGAAAUAAAAAAAUAGCUCAUUUUGUAAAAUAUUUUUAUUAUCCAUACAUGAUUGAUAUUGUAAUGGAAGAGGAGCCAAAUGGAGAGUCCCCUACACACAAAAAUAAAGCCUUAUUUGUAAUUGACAACCUUGACAAUUUAUACUUAAAAAAUGUGCAGGUAACCAAUUUUUUCGAAAACCUGGGUGAAAACGAGAUUACUUACGAAAGCGGGGUAACUACUUGCUUAAAGCCAUACUAUUUUUUGAGGGAAUGGUUUUUAAACAGUAGUGGUUUUUCCGUUUUGUAUGUAUCGAUGGAUGAUUGGGAAAAGGUGUACAAAUAA